GAUAAGUAAAUUAUGUGAAAAAUACUGUGUUUUUUUACACGCGAAACAUGAACACAUGUUAUAUUGCACACUAUAAACACAAUCAAAGCUUCAAAAAACCACGAAAAACGGGACCUUUAAUUGUUGAUUACCCUGCCCCCAGAGAAACACAAAGAAGGAGAAAGCAGCCCAUGUUGAGCUCUUCACUGAUCUUAUCCGUCCCAUUGAGAGAUGUCAGACUGAACUGCUGGAGAUGAUGGAAAAGCAGCAGAAAGCAGCAGAGAAACAGGAGGAAGAGCUCAUUGAAGAGCUGGAGCAGGAGAUCACUGAGCUAAAGAUGAGAAACACUGAGCUGGAGCAGCUCUCACACACUGAAGAUCACCUCCACCUCCUACAGAUUUACUCAUCCCAGGGCUUCACUAGAAACACCAGGAACUGGUCUGAGAUCAGUAUGAAGACUGAUCAGAGUCAGGAGACUCUGAGGAAACCUCUGACUCAACUGCAGUACACUCUACAGAAGAAAUUCACUCAAACUGUGCUGAAGAGGAUGCAGCAGUAUGCAGUGGAUGUGACUCUGGAUCCUGAUACAGCUCAUCCUGCUCUCAUCCUGUCUGAUGAUGGAAAACAAGUGAGAAAUGGAGGCAUUUGGCAGAUGCUCUCAUAUAACCCGAAGAGAUGUGAACCAUGUUCCGGUGUCCUGGGAAAGGAGGGAUUCUCCUCGGGGAGAUUUUAUUUUGAGGUGCAGGUGAAGGGAAAGACUGACUGGAGUGUAGGAGUGGUCAGAGAAUCCAUUAACAGGAAGGGAGUGUUCACAAUGAGUCCCAGUGAUGGAUUCUGGACUGUGAUUAUGAAGAAUGAGAAUGAAUAUUGGGCCUAUGCUAUUCCUCCUUUCUCUCUCUGUGCGAGAGUUAAGCCACAGCGGGUCGGUGUGUUUGUGGAUUAUGAGGAGGGUCUGGUCUCCUUUUAUGAUGUGGAGUCCAGCUCUCAUAUCUACUCUUUCACUGGUCAGUCUUUCACUGGGAAACUCCAUCCAUAUUUUUGCCCAGGCUUUAAUUAUGGAGGUAAAAACUCAACUCCACUGAUCAUCACACGUGUCAAAUACAAUAAAUGAAAUUACGUCCAUAAUAUGAAAUACUUGAUUAAAAUAAAGUUUUAUGUUUAGAAACAUUAAUUUUGUAUAGGCUCCUCCUACUCAAACAAUGAGAACUGGUUUACAUCAAAGUGAUUACAGCCUUUGAAUAAAGACAUUACU